UGUGAAGCUCGAUGACGCAAAUGGGAGCAAACGAUAUAUGUUCCGGCGACAAACUGAUCUUACUGAGAGCCCAACGUUCAUAUCCAUUCGAAUUUCGAAUUUCUCAUAAUCUACACCAGUAGUACGAACAUGCUCUCCCGCACGCUUGCCGUCGCGUUUCUUCUGUUUAACGUAGCGAAUGCAUUGAGCAUUGGUGAACGAUCAUAUGUUCUUGUCCCUCGUGCUUACAGGAAACGUCAAAAACGCACGACAGCUUUCAUCAUCGCUUUCAGCCUCCUUGCCGCUGCUGUAGUGGCUUCCAUGGUCUUCUGGUUAGUCCGGCGAUACAGGAAAGGGGAUAUGGCGAGAAGCAGUUCGCCGGGUUCAAAAAGGCCUGUAGUCGCACAGGAAGGACCUAACAAUCGUUGGUUUGGACAAGCGGGGCUGAGUGGGAAAUGAGUAAAAAAGGCCUGUGGAGGGGAGCUACGCAGUACCAGUUCAACAAUACCCUUCAAGCGAUAUAUGUUUAAUAAAAAAAAUGACAAACUCCAGGCUUUGGCCUAAGAAAUUGAUUCAAGACGAC